GUAUUUAAAUUUUAUGCAAUGGCAACACUUUUUGUAAUAUUUAUUGUUGGCAGCUUGUUCAGUUGGCGGUGAGAGUUCAUAGUAUAUUGCAUAUUUUGCAUGCAGCGGGUCUCGAAUUAAAAAUAUCUGUUGCUGUUGACAGUAAAUUGAUUAUUUAAUAAAUAAGUAAAUCUAUUUUUCUACAAUAAAAAUCUAUUGCUGAACAUUUUUGUUCAUAAAGAUGUCACAUCAUUAUGUAGUUACGGCUCAGAAUCCAACGGCUGUGAUUGCUUGUGUAUGCGGAAACUUCACGUCUCCGACAGACUUAAAUUUGGUCAUUGCAAGAAAUAGCCAAUUAGAAAUCGAUUUAGUUACGCCGGAAGGGCUGCGUCCACUGAAGGAAGUUAAUAUCAAUGGACAGAUUGCUGUUAUGCGACAUUUUAGACCACCUGAAGGCAAAAAAGAUUUAGUUUUUAUAUUAACUCAACGGUAUAAUGUAAUGAUAUUGGAAUUCAUUGAAGAAGACGGUGUCAUAAAAGUUCAUACUAAAGCAGAUGGAACUGUUUCUGAUCCAGUCGGUAUAAGUGCUGAAGGUGGUGUUAUUGCGGUUAUUGAUCCAAAGGCUCGGGUAGUUGGUAUGUGUUUAUACAAAGGAUUAUUUACUAUUGUUCCACUGGAUCACAGUUCUAGUGAGUUAAAAGCAACGAAUUUACGAAUGGACGAGUUAACUGUAUAUGAUGUGGAGUUUUUAUAUGGUUGUGUUAAUCCCACAAUCAUUGUUAUACAUAAAGACAACGAUGGAAGACAUGUUAAAACACAUGAAAUAAAUCUUCGCGAAAAAGAAUUUACAAAAAUUGCUUGGAAACAGGAUAAUGUUGAAACGGAAUCCACACUAAUCAUUCCAGUUCCAACUCCACUUGGUAAAAAUUUAUAA